UCCAACUCACUCUGACAUUCCCCCUCCGUGCACCACUUAAACAAAUUACACACUAUCUUUGUCUGUGCUCAGAGCCAGUAGUGUCAGUGUGUGGACUCCUUUGGGACGUAGAGUUUUAAAAUGAAGAGGGAGAGCAGGUUGAUCUGUUGGAUCUGGUGGGUUUUGAUUGUGACUGCCUUGUUCUUAAUGGGCUUCAUCAUAGGCUGGUUUGCAAAGCCCACGCAAAUGAACACUGAGAAUGAGAAAGCCUCCAGCCAGUAUCUGAGGGAGUUUUUAGAUGAAAUGAAGACAGACCAGAUCAGAGAACAUCUCAGAAAAUUUACCCGCCUCCCCCACCUGGCUGGCACAGAGCAGAACCUGAAAUACGCAGAGCAGAUCAAAGGGGAGUGGCAGCAGUUUGGAUUAGACUCGGUGGAGAUGGUGCCCUAUGACGUCCUUUUGUCCUAUCCAAACGAGUCUCGGCCCAACUACAUCUCAAUAGUUGACCAGCGUGGACAUGAGAUUUAUAACACUUCACUGGCAGAGCCCAUUCCACCUGGUUAUGAAGACAUUUCCAACAUUGUGCCUCCAUACAGUGCUUAUUCUGCCAAAGGACAACCUCAGGGGGAGUUGGUGUAUGUGAACUACGGCCGAACCGAGGACUUCUUCCAGCUACAGAGGGAAAUGGGAAUCAACGUAACCGGGAAGAUUGUCAUCGUCAGAUAUGGCAAAAUAUUCAGAGGCAAUAAAGUAAAAAAUGCCAUGUUGGCCGGAGCAAAGGGGAUCAUUAUGUUCUCUGACCCAGCAGAUUACUGGGCUGCUGGAGUCCAAGCCUACCCCGAUGGCUGGAACAUUCCUGGUGGAGGAGUUCAGAGAGGAAAUGUUCUCAACCUGAAUGGAGCUGGAGACCCACUCACACCAGGUUAUCCUGCCAAAGAAUACACCUACAGAUUCAGCUUGGAGGACGCAGUGGGACUCCCCAACAUUCCGGUGCAUCCAAUCGGCUUCCAUGAUGCAAUUCACCUGCUGAAGUACGGUUUUAUAAAUGACAUUGCAAACAGUACGUUGUUUGCAAUGUCAAGGAACAUGGGAGGACAGAUUCCACCCGACAGCUGGAAGGGAGCUCUAAAUGUCUCCUACAGGACUGGCCCGGGCUUUGUAGAUGACCACAGGACCCAGUCGGUGCGUAUGAACAUCCACAGUGACAACAAGGUAACCAGGAUAUACAACGUCAUUGGAAAGAUCCGAGGAGCUCUGGAGCCAGACAGAUAUGUGAUCCUGGGUGGGCACCGCGACGCCUGGGUGUUCGGCGGGAUAGAUCCCAUGUCUGGUGCUGCAGUGGUCCACGAAACUGUGAGAAGUGCUGGCAAGCUGCUGGGAAAAGGCUGGAGGCCCAGGAGGACUAUAGUUUUUGCCAGCUGGGAUGCAGAGGAGUUCGGACUACUGGGAUCUACAGAAUGGGCAGAGGACAAUGCCAAGCUGCUACAGGAGAGAGCCGUGGCUUACAUCAAUGCAGACUCCGCCAUAGAGGGUAUGUACACUCUGAGGGUUGACUGCACUCCAUCGCUGCACACUCUGGUGUACGACCUCACAAAGCAGGUAGUCAGUCCAGAAGAUGGAGAGGAGGGAAUUUCUUUGUAUGAGAGUUGGCAUAGGAGGGACAACUGGACCAGUGACCGUGAUGCACCCAGGAUCAGCAAACUGGGGUCAGGCAGUGAUUUUGAGGCCUAUUUUAUUCGUUUGGGAAUUGCAGCAGGCAGAGCAAGAUACACCAAGAACAAGAAAACAGAGCGAUACAGCAGCUAUCCAGUCUACCACAGUGUGUAUGAAACCUUUGAGAUCGUGGAGAAGUUUUACGACCCGUCAUUCAAGAGGCUACGGACGGUGGCCCAAGUAAGAGGCGGGCUAAUUUUCCUUUUGGCUGAUUCUCUGCUGCUCCCUCUUGAUGCUAACGAGUAUGCAGACUCACUGAGGAAAUACGCAGAGAGGAUCGCACAGCUGGCGCAGAGGAACCCAGAGCAGAUGGAGACGUACCAGGUGUCCUUUGAUCCUCUUUUUUCUGCCGUGCAGAACUUCUCAGUUGCAGCCAGGGAUUUCCAUGAGCGCCUGCAGACCCUCAACAGAGAAGAUCCUCUACAGGUCCGGAUCAUAAAUGAUCAACUCAUGUACCUCGAGAGAGCCUUUAUUGACCCUCUUGGCUUACCUGGAAGACCAUUUUACAGGCACGUGAUUUUUGCUCCAAGCAGCCAUAACAAAUAUGCUGGGGAGUCUUUCCCUGGGAUCUACGACGCAUUGUUUGACAUCGAGCAUUCAGCUGACCAAGAGAAGGCCUGGCAGGAAGUCAAGCGACAGAUAAGCAUAGCUGCAUUCACCGUCCAAGCUGCUGCCAUGACUCUGACAACACCGGCAUGAAUUGCAGAUUUAGACUACGUGACCUGGGGGUUUUUCUAGUGGAAGGAUGUGAGGAAACAGCAUCCGCUACCUUCAACACUCUUAUAUACAGUGCCGAUUCUAGAUUUUACUGUCAUUUUACCCUGACAUUAGUAUGUACUGUGAUUGGCCAGUUAUUCCUUUAGAGAUUAGAAGAACUUUUUUGGCCUUAGAAAAUCAAUUCACCCGCCCUAGUACGGGCAGAUAAGAACGUAGGCUAUGGAUGAAGUUAAAUGUCAGAGAAUGUCAACAAUGUCAAGUUCCAUUGAGAUAUUAUAUUCUGAUCAUUUAUUUAAUAGUUUGUGCUCACCAUGGUAAAAUGAUAUACAAUGUGAAAAUGGUUGUUCCUUGUUGCAAAAAUAUUUCAGAUUCCCAGUGCUUCGGGGAAGGUUUAUUUUAAUUCUAAAGGAAAAAGUGUGCUUUUUAACCCUGUCACUGUGACUUUCUAACCCACUUGGAUGUCAUUUGGCAGGGAGACAAGCGCACAAGCAGCUCGUUUCAUCCUAAAUAUCAAUAAGCUUAGGAUUUUCUUUGCGUGAUUUUCAAAUAGUCUUCAACAAUGUCAAAGGGCUAAAUGUAAAUACUCAGCACAGCCACAGCAUGUUCCCUACACUGCGACCUGUAAUACGGUCAUACACUUUCUUUUGUUCACAGAGGUCAGGGAAAAAAUUGAAAAUAAAUAAGACAUUUGACAAAUGAUCUGAUUUACAGCAGAGGGACCUUUAAGCUAGUCGUCGACUCUUUGGAACUCUGGCCAGCUUCAGGCCAGCUCAUAUAUCCUACUCAACCUUCUUGAUGGAGGCCUCUCUACUCCUGAGGCCAUCAAGUAGAUUGUUCCUGCUCAUUGUGUAUGCAGUUAGCCUUUUUCUGUUGGAGAACGUUAAUUCCACAAGGGGGCGCCAAAGUUAAAUCCCUUCAAAGAUGAAAGACGCUGACCAUACAUCCUUUACUAUCCAUCCAUCCAUUACCUAUAUCCCUUAUUCCUUGCUGGAUAGCACAGGGGCUGGAGCCUAUCCCAGGGCAAGAGGUGGGGGUUCACCCCGGACAGGUGGUCAGUCCGUCACAGAAGGACACAGAGAAAAACAAACACACAGAUGGUGGGAGGAAGCCAGAGGAAACCCACCCAGACACCUGGAGAACAUGCAAACUCCACACAGAA